CUAGUUAAAUAAAAAAUAUGAGGUUCUAAGCCUAGCAUGAAAGUGCAUCCUUAUAGCUGUGUGGGAUAAUUAUAGUAAAAAUGUUUGCCMUGGUAAGUUGAGCCAAUGGUCACCAUACUAAUGAUACAAUUUUGUCUGUUUUAUGCACACUAUUUUUUGCAAUGUGUCAUGGAUAUGAACAACAAAAAAUAUUGUACAUUUUUAUGGUUACAGAGCAGGCGUCAUCAUGCCCUACGUAUAUAAACGCAAAACAAGCAAAAGUCUAGCCCCCCUUGUGGUUCUUGAGAGCAGCUAAGGAAGUGAGAGAAGGGGYAAAAGUACAUUUGAGUAGCAGCAAAGGGAUACAAUUUUUAACUGAAUGACACUGAAGAGGAACACUGACAAAAAUGAAAACAAACAUGCACCUGUGCGAAAGAGGAUAUGAUAGAGUAGCAGGGUCUUAUCUGAUCUCACUGACCAGUUUWAUGGGCUUAUUCGUCUCAAAUGCAGAGAACUUGCCCACGAAUUGGCACAUCGAAAUAACAUCCAUGUCCCAGACAACUGGUGAAGAAAUGGAAGGGUAAGUGAUAUUGAACAUAAAUGUAUGCCUACAUUCAGAUAUAGAUCUAAGAUAUACAAUARACCCCAUUCCAUGAAUUAAACUUUGACCUACCACUCCCGUCACAGACAACCCCCAUCCACUUACCCCAAGGUGGCUCAACUUACCCUGUCCCUAUGCCCAACUUACCCCGUACACAGAGACCCCUUAUUGGACAAGCUAUGUUUUCAAAACUGUUAUGUUUACAUCAUGAAAUCMUAUUAUUUCCAGGGAUAAACAACAUCCUGAAAAAUAUGUAGAUAUCRUUGUUAGAAAUAACACUAUAUUUCCCUUGACGUUGAAUGUAAAAAAUUGCUCAACAUACCCUACUCUCCACCACAGCAUACCAGUUCUGCCAUCCAUCUUGUUUUGUGUAAAUAUGAGGCAGUUUCCAGAGUUUCCCCCAUAAGUUACCCAUACCCAGUGACUCCCUUAUUUAUAUAUUUGAACAUUCUACAUAAUGAUCCACCCUUCAUGCAUGGAUGAUUAUACUUGAAUAAAAAUUCCUUCCAUAGAGCAAAAACAGUAAAACGGUGUGAAAAAUCAUUAAGAAUCAGUCUCAAGUAACAAAAAACAGUAGAGAAGACCAGCUAUAGCAGAGGACAACAGCAGAGAGAGAGAGGACUGUUUGCAUACAUCUCUAUCUUACGCUGAGGAGCGGGUGACGUCAAAUUACUUGGGGGAUGAGCCAGUAAGGAAAGUCUACACAGCCUCAGUCGUUGGAAGCUAAUGAGAAUUGAUUGGUGAUGGUUGUUAAACAUCUACACCGACAGAGAAAGAUCUCGACAUGAGCAAUACAUUCUGGUAAUGAAAACAACACAGGAAGUCAACAAUCACCGUGAGUGAGCCAUCAACCCUUCAACCUGAACCAAGAGAGUGCGUUUCUAAAAAYCACUUUGUGACUAUUUGUGUCCAAACGCCAACACACCUUUGAGUGAGAAACAAAGAGACUAUCAGCAGUGGUUAUUAUUGAUGUGGGAUUUUUACCUGGCAACAACUCCUUGAUACCCCAUUGUAAAUUACAACUUGGGGCUAGAAUUCAACUGCAGGCUCAAAAUGACAGAUUGUAACUUUUGACACAGACAGACACCAGACCAGACAAUGACAUGGAGGUGCGCACGUACAUGGACUAUCCCGUUGCGAUUUAUAGCAACGUCACAGAGCAGUUGAAUGGCUCCUCAGCCCCCUCCUCUGGGCUGGCAGGAGAGGAACCUGACCCCCACCAGCAUUACACCAUCAGCGUCUUCCUCUCCUGCCUCUACACAAUCUUCCUUUUCCCUGUGGGCUUCAUCGGGAACGUCCUCAUCCUGGCCGUCAACCUGAGCCACAAGGGACGCAUGACCGCCCCCGAUCUUUACUUUGUCAACCUGGCGGCUGCCGACCUGGUCCUGGUGGCGGACUCCCUGAUUGAGGUGUUCAACCUUAGUGAGCACUACUAUGACAUGGCUGCCCUGUGCACCUUCAUGGCCCUGUUCCUGCAGGUCAACAUGUACAGCAGCGUCUUCUUCCUGACCUGGAUGAGCUUCGACCGGUUUGUGGUGCUGGCGGGCUCAAUGGGUCUGGGCAGGAGCAUGCCCCGGGCCCGUCUGACCUGCUGCCUGAUCUGGGUGACCUCCGCCCUGCUCACCCUACUGCCCUUCACCGUGGCCCAGGUGCAGCACACCGGGGAGCUCCACUUCUGCUUCGCGAACGUAUCCCAGAUCCAGUGGCUGGAGGUUACGCUGGGCUUCCUGCUGCCCUUCUGCGUGCUGGGCCUCUGCUACUGGAGGAUCGCCCUGGUUCUGGUGAGCGCUCAAAGGGAGCACAGUGGGCUMCAGCGGCGGCCACAGAAGAGGAAGGCUUUGAGGAUGAUUUCUGCGGCCGUGUUGGUGUUCUUUGCCUGUUGGUUACCGCAGAACAUGUUUGUCAGUGUGCACCUSCUGAGAGGCGAUGUGGAUGGAACGCUGUGGCAUGACUACCCUCUGACGGCCCACAUGGUCAACCUGGCUGCCUUCUCCAACAGCUGCCUCAACCCCCUGGUCUACAGCUUCUUGGGAGAGACCUUCCAGGACAAGCUAAGGAGCUUCAUCAAGGAAAACAUCAGCUGGGCCAAGUUAGACAGCUCCUGUUGGAGUAGCUAGCCCCUCUGCAAGCUCCUGCACCAUACUUAAAAGUACCAGUCCCAUCACACAACCUCUCCAAAGCUCCUGCUGCCUCUACAAACCAGCCAUCCAUCCUUCAAAUCAAAACUCACCAACAUACGUGUGCCCUGGACAGCUACGUGGUGUGUCUGAUUUCAAUCACUUUCUGACCUCACUCCUUUUGACUUAAACAAAUCUUUCAUUAGAUACUUUUGUGUAUAUAUAGUGUAUGUGGACACCCCUUCAAAUGAGUGGAUUCAGCUAUUUCAGCCACA